AAGGGCCAUCUACAUUCUAAAACCCAUAGAUAAAGAGAGAGAGGGAAAAAAAAAAAAUAAAAAAAAAUCACCAAAUUCAUCAGAACCCGCCAAUUACGCAGGCGUGUCUGAGUCUACCUUUUCUCAACGUCAAAGUGAAACCCCACAUGUUCAUUCUCAGAAAAAAGCAAUUUCCUUUGAGCAGUCUGAGAGACGAAAAUGGAGGAUGACCAAGAAGCAGGAGGAGAAGAGUACUUGUUCAAGGUAGUGUUGAUAGGAGACUCGGCGGUUGGGAAGUCGAACCUGCUCUCUCGCUUCGCUCGAAACGAGUUCGACCAACACUCCAAGGCCACAAUUGGUGUGGAGUUUCAGACCCAGGCUGUGGAAAUUGACGGCAAAGAGAUUAAGGCCCAGAUCUGGGACACUGCCGGCCAAGAACGCUUCAGGGCCGUCACUUCUGCUUACUACAGAGGAGCUGUUGGUGCGCUUAUCGUCUAUGAUAUUAGUCGGAAGACUACCUUUGAGAGUGUCAAGCGCUGGAUCGAUGAGCUAACCACUCACUGUGAUACCACAGUAGCAAGGAUGUUGGUGGGAAACAAGUGCGAUUUGGAAAACAUUAGAGAUGUGAGUGUGGAGGAAGGCAAAGAAUUCGCAGAACAAGAAGGAUUAUUCUUUAUGGAGACAUCUGCCCUUGAUUCUACUAAUGUCCAAACAGCGUUUGAGAUAGUAAUAAGAGAGAUUUACAACAAUGUUAGCAGGAAAAUCCUAAAUUCUGAUUCUUACAAGGCCGAGUUGACCGUAAACCGAGUCAGUCUCGUCAAAAAUGGGAAUGACAAGCAAAGUCAUCUGUCAUGUUGCUCAAGAUGAUCUCCUGUUUGCUUUGUGGUUUUGUUUCUUUCCAUCCCCGAUUCUCAUUGCUAUUCUGUUUUCGGAGAGACAUCAUCCAAAUAAGUUUCUUUUUUUCUUUAGUUUUGUUUUGUUAAAAUAUUGUCACCUACUCGACAGUCGGUAUAUGCAGGUACAGAACAAGCAAACAAGCACUUAAAAGUAAUUGUAGGUGGUUGAUUCUUUGUACCGUGUCUCUAAAGGACCAUACUACCUUUUUUGAGUAAUAGCAAUGGUCAGAUUCUGAGCAAUUUGAAUAAAUUGAGUUGGUUUUGAAA